GGUUUAUUCAUCAAUAAUAGUCAUGGAAUUGAUUUCCUUCAUGGUAUCAGAGCAGGUUCAGAUCCUCUUUUCUGACCUAAUUUCCUUUUCCUCCUAUCCUUUUUCAUACUAUUUUUCCUUUCCUCUUCCUUAUACACCAGCUGCCGCCACCUAAGCACUAUCUUGUGCAACCGCCGCCGCUGCCCAAGCACCGCGCCUCCCAUCGCGCCGCCGGCCACUCCACAGCCACCGCGUCCUUCCCAUAGCGCCGUCGCUGCCUUCCGCGUGCUGAAUCAGAGCCGCGCGCGUUCGUGCCUCACGAAACCACGCCCGCGCCUCCUCCCUCGACCGCAGCUCCUCCGGCCGCUGCCCACAGCCGCCGCCUGCCGCGCCGACGUCCGAUCUCCCCCCAUCCUCGCCGAUCGACGCUCGUGCUGAAGCUUUGCUGCACUCCUACCCGUGUCUGGCUCCACAAACCCAGACCCGACCCGUUUUCAAUUUUAGCCCAGAACCGGUCCAGCCCACCCAGGCCUGUACGGUUCGCCAGUGAACCCGUCAACGGUUCAACCGAACCGGUUCACCACAACAACAAAAAAAAAAAAAAAAAGAAACCCAGAUUUAAUUUUCUCUUUAUUGCAGGUUUUAUGGCUGAAUCCGCUUCUACCACUGGUUCUCCAACCGGUGACACAACUAUGGUUCCCACGCCCACGGAGCCGUCCUCCUCCUUUGCCAAGUCGGAUUUUCAUCCGGCUCUUGCUGUCACCAAUAUCAAAAACAACAUUCCUUUCAAACUUGAACUCGACAAGGAUCAUUAUGCUAUGUGGGCUGAAUUGUUUGAAACUCAUGCUCACACCACUCAGGUGCUCCACCACAUCAUUCCUCAAGCUGGCUUGGAGCCUCCUGCGCGCACCGAUGCUUCCUAUGCCCGGUGGGCCACUCUUGACUCUACCGUCAAACAGUGGAUUUAUUCCACCAUCUCCUUUGAUCUUCUCGCCACUGUUAUGGAGAAAGGUUCUACUGCUAUGGCUACUUGGAACCGUAUAGCUUCUAUGUUUGAGGACAAUCAGAACUCUCGUGCCGUCGCUCUCGACCAGGAUUUCAUCUCCACUCGCAUGGAGGAUUUUCCUAAUGUUUCGGCCCAUUGUCAGUGUCUGAAACAUAUCUCUAAUCAGUUGCGGAAUGUUGGUGCCCCAGUCAGUGACCAUCGUCUUGUUCUUCAGUUGGUCUCUGGUCUCACUGAGCCCUUUCGUGGUGUUGCCACCCUGAUUCGUCAGAGCGAGCCUUUGCCACCUUUUCUCAAGGUCCGCUCCAUGUUGAUUCUAGAGGAAUCUGGUCUCGCCAGGAUGUCCGGUCCGGCCUCUCAGACUGCUUUGCACACCUCUGCUUCCCGUCCACAGGCCUCCGUUGACUCCUCUAAGCAGCGCCCCACCUACCGCAACGAUCAGGGCCACUCCAACCAUCGUUAUGGGUCCGGGCACAAUCGCAAUUAUCAGGAUGGUUCUGGUAAACCCAAGAAGAAAGGUGGCUCCCGUUAUCCUGGAUCAUCUGGCUCCUCUGGUUCCUCUGCUGCAUCUCCUCCAUCCUGGCGCCCACCACCGCAGGCAUCCUGGAAUCCCUGGGGUUGGGCUCCUCCCCCUGGUUGGGCUUCUUCCCCUUGGGUCAUGCCUCCUUGUCCUUACCCCACAUCUCAGUGGUCGCGUCCCAUGAUUGCUCCGCAACAACCCGGCGUUUUAGGUCCGCGUCCUCAGGCCUACACCGCUACUGCUUCUCCAGCACCCACUGAUAUCGCUGCUGCCAUGCACACCAUGUCCUUGACUCCUCCAGACACCACGUGGUACAUGGACACCGGCGCCUCGUCCCAUACUGCGGCAUCUCAAGACGGGGAUGCCUCUCCUGAGAUGUAACAGCCUCGGCGACCUCUACCCAGUCACUCGUUCCUCUCCCUUUGCUGGUCUUGCUUAUA